AUGAUUCUUCUUACCGUGCUGUUCCUUUGCAUAAUUUCCACCUACUCAGCCUCUGUGAAAGGGCACACUACUGGGCCCAGCCUAAAUAAUGACAAGCUAUAUAAGUUUGCUUACUCAGCUGAAGUCUAUGUUGAUCAGGUGAAAGCAUCCCUGCAGAAAAGUGCAGGAUAUCGGAUUUCUUCUGGUGUGGAUGUCAACCUCUUAUGGAGAAAUCCUGACAAUGAUGAUGACCAGCUGGUCAAAAUUACGAUGAAAGAUGUUCAGGUUGAAAAUGUGAAUGAGCGUCCAGCUGAUAAAAACAUCUUCAAAGGAAAAAGCACAGAGAAGAUCAUCGGGAAAGAGUAUCUGGAGGCUUUGCAGAGGCCCAUAAUGGUUGAGCUAGUCCGUGGAAAGAUCAAAACCUUCUACUCAUAUCAAAAUGAACCUGGUUUUACUCAGAACAUUAAGAGAGGUCUGGCCAGCCUUUUCCAGCUGCAGCUGCACUCUGGCUCUUCCCGUGAGGUGGACAUUUCUGGGAAAUGUGAUACUACUUACAAUGUGCGGCAAGAUCAAGUGACUAAAAUAAAAGACCUGGACUCCUGUGAAAUAGAAAAGAAAGGAUUUACCAGCCACAACAAGAUCUUGGAUAUCAGUACAAAAGCCACAUCUGCUACAGUUUAUGUGCUGGAAGACAGUUUCAUUAAAUCCAUUAAGGCAGAAGAAAAUUUCGUUUUUGCUCUGAAUUACCGACGAAAAACAGGUGCCAAAAUAGUUUCAAAGCAGAGGCUGGAGCUGAAGUCAGUCCAAGCUGGGACGGGACUGAUCGCUGCAAAGCAAGUCGCUGGUGUGAUCAAGACCUUGGACCCCAAUUAUGUUGCCAUUGCCCUGGAAGCAGAGCCAGUGAAAUCUGAAUGCAAAAAGUGCCCUUCACUUUCUGAGCACUGGAAGAACAUCAGAGAACAAAUGCAUCCUGACAAACUUUCCAAACCUGAUGCAGCAAAAAGCUUUUUGUCCUUCAUUCAGAACAUCAGGAAAGCUACGAAGGAGGAGAUACUGAAAAUUAUUAGAAGUGAAAAUAAAGAGCUUCUUCCACAGGUAGUGGAUGCUGUAACCUCGGCUCAGACCCCAGAAUCACUGGAGGCCAUGCUGGAGUUUCUUGACUUUAAGGAUGCAAGCACUUUUAUCCUGCAGGAGCGGUUCCUGUAUGCCUGUGGAUUUGCUUCUCACCCCAGUGAAACUCUCCUGAAAUCAUUAACUGAGAAGUUCAAGGGAGAUGUCGCCAGUCAAGAAAUCAGAGAAACUCUUGUCAUUGUCAUGGGAGCACUCAUUAGAAAGCUGUGUGACAGGGAUGGCUGCAAGCUGCCAGCUGUUGUGGAAGCCAAAAGGUUGAUUCUGAAUAGGCUGGAGAAGGCCAGCAAAGACGACAACGUGCAGAUGUACCUGCUGGCACUGAAGAACGCACUCCUUCCCGAAGCAAUUCCAGUGCUCCUGAAGUAUGCUGAGUCAGGAGAAGGGCCCAUCAGCAGCCUUGCUGCCACUGCCUUGCAGAGAUAUGAUCCUUCUUUUCUCACCAAAGAGGUGAAGGAAACAAUGAACAGGAUAUACCACCAGACUCGCAAAAUCCACGAAAAGACAGUGAGAACCACAGCAGCUGCCAUCCUCUUAAACAGUAACCCAUCCUACAUGGAAGUGAAAAACAUCCUGCUCUCCAUUGGGGAACUGCCUAUGGAGAUGAACAAGUACAUGCUGUCCAUGAUCCAAGAUAUACUGCGCUUUGAAAUGCCUUCCAGCAAAACAGUUCGGCAAGUUCUGAAGGACAUGCGUGCCCAUAACUACGAUCGCUUCUCCAAGAUGGGCUCUUCCUCUGCCUACACUGGAUAUAUCACACGUGGUCCUGAUGUGUCAUCCACAUACAGCCUCGACAUCCUCUACUCCGGCUCUGGCAUUUUACGGAGAAGUAACAUGAACAUCCGUGUUUUUGACAGAAGCACUGACCUUCAUGCCAUCCAGGUGGUUCUCGAAGCUCAGGGUCUGGAGUCCAUAAUAGCUGCAACUCCUGAUGAAGGCGAGGAAAACCUGGACUCCUUUGCUGGCAUGUCAGCCAUUCUGUUUGGUUUCCAGCUGAGGCCAGUGACAUUUUUCCAAGGGUAUGGUGAUUUAAUGUCUAAAAUGCUCUCGGCAACUGGAGAUCCCAUGAAUGUGGUGAAAGGACUUGUCCUCCUCACAGAUUUCUUACAGGAAAUCCAGCUGCAGUCUGGGCCCACAGCCAGUGCAGAGUUCAUGGGUGGGCUGGCCAUCGACAUCUCCGGAGGGAUGGAGUUCAGCCUGUGGUACCGGGAAUCCAAAACCAACGUCAAGAACCGGGUAGCCAUGUUUGUAGCUGGUAACACCGAGGUGGAUUCCUUCUUUGUAAAAACUGGUAUGGAAACCACUUUGGAAACAGAAACAGCUUUAGACUUCAUCUCCACAGUGCAGUUUUCACAGUACCCAUUUUUGGUCUGUAUGCAGAUGGAUAGAGUGGACUCUCCAUUCAGGACGCACAUGAGCAAGUACGAGAGCCUGGCCUCCGGCAGGCGCUACACGGCCCGGAGGGGCAAGGCAGCCACGCUGGCCGGGAACGAGUACCCCCUGCACCAGGAGAACUCCAACAUGUGCAAGAAGGUGUUCGGCGCCAAGUCGGACUCUGCUGGCGGCUGGUUUUGA